UCGUUGGGGAUUCAACAUGGCGGUGGCAGUGGCCGCCGUGGCGGCGGCGCAGGAUAGCUGAGGGCGAAUCUAGGACGCGGGAUUCCGGUCCGAGCAGUUAAGCCGCGAGCGACUGCAGCACCGAGCCGAUGAAUAACCCGAAGCCCCAAGAGGAGACAUCACCUGCCCAAGGGCACUUCUAGCACAGCCAGUGACAAACCAGGCCUGCUGUGGAGCCCAAGUCUGCGCCACCCUGGUACUAAGAGCUUUGGUGCCAUGUUUGGGAAGAAGAAGAAGCGGGUAGAGAUCUCAGCGCCAUCCAACUUCGAGCACCGUGUGCACACGGGCUUUGACCAGCAUGAGCAGAAGUUCACGGGGCUGCCUCGCCAGUGGCAGAGCCUGAUCGAGGAGUCGGCUCGCCGGCCCAAGCCCCUUAUCGACCCUGCCUGCAUCACCUCCAUUCAGCAUGAGGCCCCCAAGACCAUCGUGCGGGGCAGCAAAGGUGCCAAGGAUGGGGCCCUCACCCUGCUACUGGACGAGUUUGAGAACAUGUCGGUGACACGCUCCAAUUCCCUGAGGAGAGACAGCCCACCGCCGCCACCCACCCGUGCCCGCCAGGAAAAUGGGAUGCCCUCGGAGCAGGCCGCCAUGGCCAGAGGGGGCCCAGAGAAGGCAGGCGGCCAAGGCCGGGUUGCUGGUCGCAGCGAGGGGAGUGGCAACAGUGGUGACCGGCGGCGGGUGGGGCCAGAGAAGAAGCCCAAGUCUUCCAGGGAGGGCUCAGGGGGCCCCCAGGAGUCCUCCCGGGACAAGCGCCCCCUCUCGGGCCCUGAUGUCAGCACCCCCCAGCCUACUGGUGUGGCCAGUGGGGCGAAAGUGGCAGCUGGCCGGCCCUUUAACACGUACCCGCGGGCUGAUACGGAUCACCCAUCCCGGGGCACCCAGGGGGAGCCUCACGGCAUGGCCCCCAACGGGCCAUCAGUGGGGGGCCUGGCUGUCCCCCAGUCUUCCUCUUCCCGGCCUCCCACACGAGCCCGUGUUCCCCCCAGCCCUGGAGUGCUGGGCCCCCAUGCCUCUGAGCCCCAGCUGGCCCUUCCAGCCCGAACCCUUGCUGUCCCCGCCGGCGUCCCCGCCCCUGGGCCUCCUGGACCCCGUUCUCCACAGCGGGAACCCCAGCGUGUGUCUCAUGAGCAGUUCCGGGCUGCUCUGCAGUUGGUGGUGGACCCUGGUGACCCCCGCUCCUACCUGGACAACUUCAUCAAGAUCGGUGAGGGCUCCACAGGGGUUGUGUGUAUCGCCACCGUGCGCAGCUCGGGUCGUCUGGUGGCCGUCAAGAAGAUGGACCUGCGCAAGCAGCAGAGGCGCGAGCUGCUCUUCAAUGAGGUGGUGAUCAUGCGGGACUACCAGCACGAGAACGUGGUGGAGAUGUACAACAGCUACCUGGUGGGGGAUGAGCUCUGGGUGGUGAUGGAGUUCCUGGAGGGAGGCGCCCUCACCGACAUCGUCACCCACACCAGAAUGAACGAGGAGCAGAUUGCCUCAGUGUGCCUAGCUGUGCUGCAGGCCUUGUCUGUGCUCCAUGCCCAGGGCGUCAUCCACCGGGACAUCAAGAGCGACUCCAUCCUGCUGACCCACGAUGGCAGGGUAAAGCUGUCAGACUUCGGAUUCUGUGCCCAGGUGAGCAAGGAGGUGCCACGGAGGAAGUCAUUGGUUGGCACGCCUUAUUGGAUGGCCCCGGAGCUCAUCUCCCGCCUUCCCUACGGGCCAGAGGUGGACAUCUGGUCACUGGGGGUGAUGGUGAUCGAGAUGGUGGAUGGAGAGCCGCCCUACUUCAAUGAGCCACCCCUCAAAGCCAUGAAGAUGAUUCGGGACAACCUGCCACCCCGACUGAAAAAUCUGCACAAGGUGUCGCCGUCCCUGAAGGGCUUCCUGGACCGCCUGUUGGUGCGAGACCCAGCUCAGCGGGCCACGGCGGCUGAGUUGCUGAAGCACCCGUUCCUGGCCAAAGCGGGCCCGCCUUCCAGCAUCGUGCCCCUCAUGCGGCAGAACCGCACCAGAUGAGGCUUGCCACCCUGUCCCUGAACCAAAGAUCCCCUUGGGUCACUACUGCCCUGCCGGAGGCUUGUAGGGGGCCGGCCCCUGCUCCUCCUGGCCUGGGAGACACUCCAUGUGCCACCGCCUUCCUUACUAGGGGUGGUGUGUGGGACCCUACUACUGAACCCUGGUUUUGAUUUUGUGACUUAAAAACAUGGGGACUUGUGGGAACAUGUGAGACUCCCAGGACCACCCCCUACCCCCACCCUCUGGGACAGGCCCUCGCUGUGUUUUCCUGUCUCCGGGAAGGACAGGCGGCCCUCCCGUCACUGGAAAUCUGCAGUGGGGGGUGCUGAGGGUGGAGAGAACACUACAAAAGAGGUGUGUGCCUGCACGCGCGUACGUGUGGGUGUACAUGAAGCGGAAGGUCCAGCUCCUCUGUCCUCCAGCCUGUGAGUGGGUGUCUCUGAGACCUUGCCUAACAUACAGCCCCCUCUCCCACUGAGCCAUGGCGGGGGUUGAUCAUGAAUGUCUGAAGAGUGGCCUUUUCCCUUCGCCCUGCACCCCCGUUCUGUGGCCGGAUGGGGAGACAGGUCAGGGCUUCCCUCCCACCCCCAACCUCUGCAGAAAAUGACUACUGCACCUGGACAGUCUCUUUUCUAGAAGUCUAUUUAUAUUGUCAUUUUAUAACACUCUAGCCUCUGCCCCCAGCUGGGGACAGAUGGUCCCUGUCCUGCACGGUGGCACCAGGGGCAGAACCACUACUUGAAGAAUCAGGUUCCUGCUCCCUCAGCGCAGCCCCGUCCUCCGUUUCCU